GAUGCAUUGCGCUAGCGUGGCCGACGGACGGGGGAAGGGAAGCUGAGAUUGGAGGAAGAAACAAUCAGAAACUGAGAAUUUGAAUGCAUACGAAGAAAAAGAUUGUUGCCAAAAAGAAGACCACCCAUGAUCCGCAUCUGGACACCUGCCCUUCAUAUUGUUUCACUUGUGGCUAAAGAUAACACAGCCAAUUAAAGUGUGCUGCUAUCUUGGAGUGCUUAUUGGAUUUGUCUUGAGAGCCAACGUAAUGAAGUGUCUGCUAUGAGGAGAGCUCAAGCCUGACAAGCGAUGUCAUUAUCCAGCUUCUGGGCACCUCUGAUGGCGAUGAGGAGCAAAGCAACUGGCCAAGCAGAUCUGUGGAGGGGAGGAAGGAGGGAGGGCUCCGGGAAAUGUGCCAUUUCCUCUGGGCGCUAGACUGAUAUCUGCACAUUCCUCUCCGUGUGCACACUCAAGGUUAGGAGAAUAUAGGAGGAGGCUGCCACUAAAACCAGCAGUCAUUGCUGUUCCAAGGGAAAACCAGAGAUGUGCACUACCUGGAUGCCUGUUACCAGCUUGGUGAAGUCUAACUUGUGACCGUGGACAUUUUCAUCUAUAUGAAGCAUAAAUACUCUCAGUCACUACACACGUGCGCCCCAGAAACCAUGGUAGUCCUUGUAGCAGCUUGUCAGCCCAUCUCAGUCCAGGAUUUCAGAAGCCUUUAGAGGCCACAAUCGGGAAGACCCUUGCCAGCCAACACACUCAUAUGCAAUGGAAGAAGACAUUGAUGUCACUUUACACCUUGAGGGCCAAAAUGGUUUGUCUCCUGAAUGUAAAUCAUCGGAGGAGACCACCAACGGACACUCCAACCAAAAGCCUGUUAUGAAUGGAUUGAUUAUCAGUCAUAAUGUCAAAGACCACACCACCAACGGUUGUGCCCCCCUCACAUCCCUGCCGAUUUCCACGCUGAAGCAGAAUGGUCUCCUGCAGACUCUGGCAGCAGCAGGAGGGGACCAGACUAAACCUGCAGAAGAAAAUGUGGAGUUGGAAAAGGCCAGACGGGAAUGGGAAGCUUUGGAGAGCAUCCAACCAGCUCUGACGGAAGACUCAAACCCAUCACCGCUCAUCUCUUUCAAUGAAGCCCUUCAGUACUUUCAGACUACAGAUCUCGGGGACUUGCUUAAGAACAUCCAGCCGACGAUUCGCAGGACUGGUCUGGCUGCGGUCACACACUUCCUUUUUGGGCCCCCCCGACUGCACAGGGAACUCACGGAGGAGCGGGAUCUCGUUUUUGCCAUCGCGCAAUGCCACGUGGACAACAGCCAGACGGUCCACAUGCGUGUUCUCCAGACCAUUUAUAAAAGGCUGAUUGGCUGCAGGCUGGACUGCCCUCGUUAUGGGACACACUGGGAAAACAUUGGCUUUCAGGGUGCUGACCCAGCCACUGACCUGCGUGGCACUGGUUUCCUGGGACUCAUGCACACUUUGUACUUUGUGAUGGACCCAGAGACUCUGCCGUUGGCUCGAGACAUCUACAAGCUAUCCCAACACCCCACACAGAACUUUCCUUUCAGUGUGAUGUCAAUCAACAUGACCCGCAUCGCUCUCCAGGUGCUCAGAGAGGAGGCUUUGUCCAAGGAGUGCAAUCGUCGGCAGCAAGUGGUCGGCGUGUUGAAUGAGUUUUACGUGGCCACAUACCUGCACCUAUACCAAGUGUGGAAGACCCAACAGAAAACCAUUGCUGACUCUGGCUUUGUGAUUAAAGAAGUGGAGCUGUUCGCUAAAAAGAACCCAAAGCAGAUGCUUCGCCGACUAGAGGUCUUCCUGAAAGAGAGACGGGCAGGCGGAGUCCCCCGCGGGACGUCGCCAGAGCCGCCGGCUCAGCAGCCUUCGCCCAGCCAGGAAGAACGAGCGGCCAGAGCGGGGAGCAAGGCGAAGGAGCUGCACUUCACGGGGGUGUGCGAGCUACCAUCUGACACGGAGGGUGACGCCAGACUCAUCUAAGCGUGCGUGCGUGCGUGUCUGUCUGCGUGUCUGAUGAAGAACACACUAUACCCUGCUAUCUGAAUCUAUCCAAUAUGUCCCGUCCCCGUCCCCCCCAUCCUCUGAUGUUGGGGUGCUGCACUUUGCUAAGAUGUUUCUUUUGUGUGUGGUUGGUCAGAGCUAUAUUGUUUGAAUUAUUUAUUUGAACACAGAACAGUCAAACAAAUGGAGCUCUUACAGGAUGUCACAAAACAAGAAAGUGAACAUUUGCACUUUUCUUCAAAUUUAGUAGUGAAAUCAAAUUUAAAAAAAAAAAAAAAAAAACACAACUCCACCCGUGUCGAGUUUGUCCCUCUCGGCCUGCUUAUGUUGGCAUCGGAGGUGGCACGAGGCUCACUCUUGUUCGACUACCCAACUGUAAUGCAGCGGAUCAGACCGUUUAUCAACGCGGGGUCAUAACCAGCAGCACCACACUUGAUCAGGUCACACGCAGUAAGUAACCUUUGGGCAGGGAGCAGGCUUCAUGGUAGCUUGCCUGCAGCUUUUGACCGCUUUACAUCCUCUGUCAGUAGGUUGAAGAUCAAACUCAAAAAUGUAGAAUGGGAGUCCGACUGCAGUGACACUCCUGGUGUUAGACAAAGGUCCAUUCGUUUGGUAUGUAUAAAUAUAUAUGAUUGACCAAAAAUAAAAUGUAUAUUUUAGUUGCUUCACUUGAAAAUGUUUUUUUUUGUGUUUUUUUUUGUUUUAAUAUAAAGAAGAUAACCUUAAGAAAGAUUUAACAGAACAUACAUUCUCAGCCUUUCAUCAUUAAAGUUUGAUAAGGCUUAAGCUGAAGGUCUAAUAUAAGCUUUGUGGACAUUCCGUUAGUAAGCAUGUGAUUGUAUUUGUUUUGUAUGGUUACAUUUGUGUGUGUUUGAGUGUGGUGAAAUGAUUGAGCUGACGUUGACGGGUGCAUCCCCUCCGUAUGGUACAGUAUGCAAUUCCAGCUCGCACUCAAUGAUAAUCAAAAGUGUGACGAUGGACAUCGUUCCGAACUUCAGGGUUUGUGUGUUUGUGCAAGUGAACAUCUUUGUGUGACUUUUCUUUCCCUGCGAGAGUGGAAACACGUUUUAGUGAAGACAUUUCAAAAAAAAAAAAAAAAAAAAAAAAGUGAUGACCUUUUUUUCCGCUGCCAGUUUCACCGGCAGUUUGAGUGGUCUGGUUUAGCUCUUCUUUACGGUCGGGAUCUUAAGGUUAAUCGGAAUGUCGUCACUAAGAUUCAAAGUGCGAUUGUGUGUCUCGUUUGACAGGAACUGCCGACGGAUGGGGUGCUUUCCUCUGCGCACAAUAAGCCAGCUUUACUACGUACUUGAUCCAUCCAGCUGCAAACAUGGUACUUUUGUCAUUUGAAGAUGGUACUCCGAAGGAACGAGAACAAAAGACAAAUUAGAAAAAGUAGAAACAAAAAACAUGGCUGGCCAAGAAUGGGUUAAGGCUCCUGGGCAAAGCUGGUUCGUGCUUUCUGCUUGUGCGAAACUGUUUUUGUAGUCUCAAUCUGUAGCAUGUUCAGGUAGCACUAGUACUGUAGCAUCCUAUAGCCUCCUCCUUCGUGAAGCUCGUUGAUGUCACGUUGACGUUGGUCUCUAGUGUCGAUGCGUGCGUGGACCUUUACUACGAUAGCACAUUGUUUCGUUUUCCCUCGGUAGACACUCGUUAGGCAGCGAAGCUUGUGGAGACGGGCUUGACAUGUAAAUGAGCUCAACUUUGUCUUCUGAGAAGGUAACAGCAAAAACGGUGCCUUCGUCACAGAAUCACGGAAGGUCAUGUGCUCUCCCUGUUUUUUCUGCUUUUAGCCUCAGUGCCAAGUAGACCUGCGUUCUUGCGAGGUAGUCGACGGCCAGCCGACCUCAGGCGGGUCUGAUCUGCUGACCUUGUCGCGUUAUUGCUCCCCAAACCGUCGCCAUUCGUCCUCUCCGCACAAAUGAGACGACACAAUUUGGCCAGUUGUUUGCAGGCGCCGGGCGACUGACUGGCGAGCAACUUUGCAUCGUUGUAGAUCCGACUGUGUGUGUGACGUAUGCAAAAGAGCCGCCUUCGGGAGCCAUAAUGUUUCAUUUGCGGCCACCUCAUCAAGUCGUGCCCCCUUGCCGCCCCCGCACCUCCUCGCGCCAAACAUUGCACCACACUGAUCCCGCGCUUGGUUUUCUUCUUUUUGAAGCUGAGGAGCAGUACAGUGUAUGUAAAUCAGGAAGUUUGUACAUAGAGAAUUAAUGAUUGUAAGAUGUAUGAUUGUCUGUAGGGCAUUAUACUAAAACACAUUGCUUACCUCAAGACUUAAGACAAAUCUCUCCUUUCUCUCUUUCCUGAUAAUUGUUUGGUCUCUCAGUACAUCUUUCUAUGUUUGCUUGUACUUUGACCUUCUCUUUCACCAACUGGACUCGUUAUGUAAUGUGCAGAAUAUUAAACAGCUCAAGCACGACAUACUAAUGGCCACCUAUAACCGAAGCGGGACCAUCUUAUGUGCGUGCUAUUUAAAGAGACGCGUCGUCACUACAUUGGCCCAUUCACCUCGGCAAAUUAAAAGCACUUUCUACUACUAAGCUUUGAAUUGGUUUCUAUCGGCCAUGUUGGAACGCGCUGGUUUUCUUGUGGCAUUCGGUGACAGUGGAUUAUUAUUGUCCUAGCAACAUAUUUUUGCUUUAGAAUACUCCUCAGUUGCAUGACUCUUACCAAGAGAGAAAAGAGAAACAAACGGGUUUUGUCAGGAUGUCAGAUGCUCCGAGAGGUGCCGUCUGAAGUUCUGCUCGCUAUCCUGCGGCGGCUCGGCGAACGCAAUCCCAUCUCUCGACGCCACGCCACGCUGUCUACUCUUUGAAGGUUGUUUUUUUUUUUUUUUGCUUUCGCUGUCUUUGUCAUGUCCCUCAGAGCAUUUUAUGACUGUACCUUGAUUGUAGACGCCCUAUUUUAUACUGAGAGUUAUUUCAGAAUACAGUUUGUGUGGUUGUACAUUCAAUGUAUUGUCUGGAGAAAGCUAAAUAAAUGCUGUUUAAAACGAA